AUGAAUAACGGCUUCCCCCUCGUCCUCAACUCCGGCCGCGUUCUAUACGCCUACCGCAACCAUGACCGCAAUGCUGACGGCACCUACACCUAUUUCCGAAUCUCAAUCUCGUAUUCCGACGAUGGCGGAAUUAACUUCAAAUAUCUAGUCACCGUAGACGAGCGCGUGCCUAGCGGCGUCAACAGCCUCUGGGAGCCGUUUAUCCGGUAUGCGAAGGACAGGACGUUGCAGAUUUUCUACUCGGCUGAGAAUUCCGCAAGCGAUCAGGAUGGCAUGGAAUGCGCCAAAGACAAUUAG